ACGACCCCGGAAGUCCCUGAGACGACGGGGAUGUUCACAGCCGGCGCGGAAAAUCUGCUCCACCAGGCGAGGGAAAUCCAGGAUGAGGAGCUGGGGAGAUUCUGCACUGGAGUCAGUAAGCUGCUGCAGGAGGCCCCCGGGCCUGCUGCUGUGGAUGCCUUGCAGAGGCUCUUCCUCAUUGUCUCUGCCACCAAGUACCCCCGCAGGCUGGAGAAGUCAUGCGUGGACCUGCUGCAGGCCACUCUCUGCCAGUCCUCCUGCCCUGAACAGCUCCAGGUCCUCUGUGCCGCCAUCCUGAGGGAGAUGUCCCCUUCAGACAGCCUGACCCUGUCCUGUGAGCAUGCCCAGAACAUCCGGCAGUUGAGCCUCGUGGCCUCUGUGCUUCUGGCCCAGGGUGACAGGAGACAGGAGGUGAGAAGCGUGGGGCAGCAUAUCUUCACCGUCCUCGAGAGCCGGCAGCCGGACGGGUCCAGCCCCAGAUCCCUCCUCCCCAUCGUGCCCAAGCUCAUGGGCCUCGCCCCGGACACCCUCCAGGGCGACCAGAUCGACCUGCUCAGCAAGAGGCUGGCAGACUGGCUCCGCUACGCCAGUGUCCAGCAGGGGCCUCCGCUUGUGGGGGGCUUCUUCUCCACACCCCGGGCCCGGCAGCCAGCCCCCAUCACUGAGGUGGACGGGGCGGUGGCCUCAGACUUCUUCACGGUGCUGUCCACGGGCCAGCACUUCACAGAGGACCAGUGGCUCAACGUGCAGGCCUUCUCCCUGCUGCGGGCCUGGCUGCUGCACAGCGGGCCUGAAGAGCCAGGGAGCCCCGGCGCAGAUGACAAGUCGGAGCUGGAGGGCUCCACGCUGUCCGUGCUGUCCGCGGCCUCCACUGCGGGCCGCCUGCUGCCCCCGCGGGAGCGGCUGCGGGAAGUGGCCUUCGAGUACUGUCAGCGCCUCAUCGAGCAGAGCAACCGGCGAGCGCUGAGGAAAGGGGACUCUGACCUGCAGAAAGCUUGUGUGGUGGAGGCUGUGCUGGUGCUGGAUGUGCUGUGCCGGCAGGAGCCGUCCUUCCUCUACCGCACCCUGUCCUGCCUGAAGGCCCUGCACGGUCGGCUGGGCGCAGACCCGGGCAGCGAGCGGGCCCUGCUGGCUCUCGCCCAGUUCUUCCUGAACCACGGGGAGGCGGCCGUGGUGGACGCGGAUGCAGUAUAUCAGCACCUCUUCACCAGCUUGCCCUCUGAGCGCUUCCACAGCCCCGUGCUGGCCUUCGAGGUGGUCCGGUUCUGCGUGGACAACCUGAGCCUGUUCCCCACCCCCCUCCAUGGCCUCCUCAGGUCCAGCUUCCCCAAUCUCUUCAAGCUCCUGGCGUGGCACAGCCCACCUCUCACGUCUGAGUUUGUGGCGCUGCUCCCAGGCCUGGUGGAUGCCAGCUUGGCCGUGGAGAUGCUGCAUGCCCUGCUGGACCUGCCCUGCCUCACCGCCGCGCUGGAUCUGCAGCUCAGGAGCUCGGCUACCCCGUCAGACAGGCCGCUGUGGGACGCCUCCAUCAGGACCCCCAGCUGCCUGGAGGCCUUCAGGAACCCCCAGUUCCAGGGGCUCUUCCAGCACCUGCUGCGCGCCAAGGCCAGCGGCUCUGUGGAAAGGCUGACGCCUCUCCACCAGCUGCUGCAGCCCCUGGCCAGCUGCGCCCGCGUGGUGCAGUGCGCUGAGGCGGUGCCCGCCCUGCUCCGCGCCUUCUUCUCCGCAGUGACCCAGGUCGCAGAUGGGACCCUAAUCAACCAGCUAGCACUGUUGAUCCUGGAGAGAAGCGACUCCCUCUACCAGGUGGCGGGGUUCAAGGCCCGCGUGCACAGGGUGCUGGGCAGCCAGCUGCUGGUGCUGUGCCAGCGGAAGCCGGCGCUGGUGGUGGAGCUGGCCAGGGAGCUGCUGGGCAUCGGGGGAAGCGUGAGCAGCAUCCACAGCCACGGGAGUGUGCUCACCUGCGUGGUGUGGGCCGUGGGCGAGUACCUGUCCGUGGCCUGUGACCGGCGGUGCACGGUAGAGCAGAUCAACAAGUUCUUUGAAGCCCUGGAGGCCUUGCUGUUUGAGGUCACCCAGUCCCGGCCCUCCGCUGACCUGCCCAGGUGCCCUCCGCAGCUCAUCACUGUGCUCAUAACCACACUGACCAAACUGGCCUCCCGGAGCCAAGACCUGAUCCCCAGGGUGUCUCUGUUCUUGUCGAAGAUGAGGACACUGAGCCAGAACCCAGCCCCUGGUUCUGCACCCCGGGAGGACACAGAACCCAUCCGCACACGGGCCACCGAGCUCCUGACUCUGCUCAAGAUGCCCAGCGUGGCCCAAUUUGUGCUCACACCGAGCGUGGAUGUGUGCCACCCCCGCUACCACCGCGACACCAACACGGCCCUGCCCCUGGCCCUGCGCACCGUCAGCCGGCUGGUGGACAAGGAGGCCGGCCAGCCCGGGUGAAGGGACAGCAGCUGGGGAUGCAGGCUGUCAAGAGCCUGGUCUCCAACCAGGACUUGGGGCCAAAUUUGGGCCAAGGUGAUGAGAGUCAUGUGGGAGGGGAGGGGGGCCGCUGCCUGGGCCUUUUCCCCACCCCUGCUGCCAUGGCCGGGCGGAGUGGGCCUUGGAGUGGCGCUGCUUGGCCCUUUGCAUUUUCUUUGGGGUGGACUCAAACUGUUUAACCUGUUGCCUCUUCCUUGUCUCUACAUGAUUUGGAGACACAUACUGAAAAUAAACCUUUAAACCCCA